AUUUACUUGGUUGUGGUGUGUGCGACUUUUUGGAUGUCGUUUACUUUUCGGCGUUUUGUAUGAUUACAUUUCGGGACGAUUCUCGGAUCUUUCACAAGAUAUAGGUAUGAAAACUGAGUUGGAACUUAUUAAUUCUGGGAUCGAUACUAUUAACAAUCUUAAUUUGUCUCCAAAUAUAACUGUGUUAAAUUUGCACCACAAUCGCAUUUCAGAGAUAAAUGGACUCACGAAAGCGAUAUCGUUGCGUUAUUUAGAUUUAUCUUCUAAUUAUAUUACUAAGAUCUGUGGACUCGAUAAUUUGCAGCAUCUUCGAAUUUUGAACUUGUCGUCGAAUAAGAUUCGGUCCAUUGAUUCAUUAGAGAACUUAAAUUGUUUAGUCCGUUUAGAUGUCUCUUUCAAUGAAAUAACUAGCCUAGUUGGUUUGAAAAAACUAUUUGGUCCCGGUUAUAGUUUGACUGCUGUUAUAUUACAAGGAAAUCAAAUCCGGUCCAAGUCACAUAUCUUGGAGUGCUUAAAAAAUUUAGUUAAUUUGCGCCAAUUAGUUUUGCUCAAUCCACAAACAGGAGAUAGUAAUCCUGUUUGUAGCGAACCAGAUUAUCGUCUAGAUUUACUUCAGGGUCUUCCUCAAUUGGAAAUAUUAGAUCACGUUGACAGAAUGGGCCGUUCCACUCAAAUUAAUGUUUUAGCUGAUUUGCCAGAAUUAAGUGGAUUUCUUGACAUGAUUUCUACUUCUAGUUUGUCAGGAUCUGAUCAUUUUGAUGAUGAAAAAGACAAGAAACUGAACUAUAAUAAUGAUCAAAUAAAUUUGUCAGAAAAUUCUCCUAAUAAAGAGGUUAAUAAUAUGCAUUCAACAACCUGUGAACAUGGUGAACAACAUAUUUCUACAUUAUCAUCAACAACUGAACGUCGAUUAUUAAAUUUAGAAAGUCAAUUAAAUUCAUUAAUUACAUCCCAUUUAAUGAAAAUUUAUCAAACUGAACAUAUUCAUUCAAUACAUCCCAAUAAUGUACUUCAUUCAUCAAUUCAAGAAAAUAAUCUAAAAAAUUGUAAUAAUGUAUUACAUGGGAAUAAUGAAAUCAACUCCUCUAAAGUGAAGAAUACACUUGAAAGUGUAUGCAAUGACUUAUGUCAACAUAUUCCAGAAAAAGAAAUGCUUGAUGGAGAAGUUCAAACUGAAGCAAACUUACAAUCGAAUAAUUUAACGGUACAAUCGACUAUUGAUCCAGAUAAAUCAUCAUCGCAACCUAUUCAACAGUUAAGUGCAAAAAGUCUUCAAAAUUCAAAUUUGAACACAUUUCAACGUCAUAAUCAUUCAUCAACUAUGAAGAAACAAUCAGUUGUAGAGAAAAAUCCAUCAAGUAUAUCAACAAAAUCGAAAUCAAUUUCUGGUAGAUUAUCUCAAAAAACUUUAACGGAAAAGAAAACUCAUUUCAGUAAACACGAAAAUUCUAAAAGAUCCAAUUCCACCGGGUUGAUGAAUUUCAACAAUGAAUCCACUGACCAAAAACACAUACAAGAUGGUCCUGUAACUAUGAAGAUUUCUCCUACUUCAAAUAUACAAUCAUAUCAUCAUGGAAACGAAGCGAAAACAUUGAAUAAAAUACUUUAUGAAUUCGAUCAAGAAAAAUCACGAAGAAAACAAUCGGAACAAUUAUGUCAAGAUUUAGUUAGUCGAAUACGUGAAUUAGAAUUAUCAGCGAUGGAUCAGCAUGAAGCUUUGAAAGUCACAGAAGAAUUGAAACAGGCAUUUACUACAGAACAUCAAGAAAAAUUAUUAGUACAAUCUCAAUUAAAGAUAAUCGAACAAAAAUUUAAUGAUAUGUGUCAAAUUGUUGAUCAUCUACGAGUAAAAGAAGAUGAAGUUAAAGAUCGAUAUGAACGAGAGAUUGAAAAUUUAAACAAACUCAUAAAUGAAAUACGCGCAGAUAAUAAAAAUGCAAUGAUAAGAGCGGAAAAUGCUAAACAGAAAUUAGACAAAACCAAAACAUUAUUACGUAAUCGUGAAGCAGAUUAUGAAAAAGAAUUAAAUAAUCGUUAUAAAUUGGAUAGUCCAGAAUUAUCUAAGUUUAUAUCAGCAAAAAUUGAUCUGGAACGAGCACAUUACCAAAAAGAUAUUGAUUUGCUUCAAGAAAAAUUAAUCGACAGUACUAAACGUUACACAGCUCUUGAAGAUGAAUUCAGAAUGGCACUGAGAAUUGAAGCAGAACGAUAUGAAACAUUACUUAAAACAUCAGAUUUAUGUAAAAAUGAAUUGAACAAUACCCAAUUACAAUUAAAAGAAAUGAUAGAACGUGAAGAAUCUGCACGUUGUUUAAUUCAAGAGUUAAAUUCGGUAGUUAAGGAACAAAAAUCUAAGCAUACAAGUGAACAAAAAGCUCAUCUUCUAUUACAACACAAUUUAAAAGAACGUAUUGCAACUUUGGAAAUGCAUUUAGAAGAAGCACAAACACGAAUUAGAAAUCAUGAAAAUUUACGAAAGGAAUUGAAACAACAAAAAGCCGAAAUGACAGCUCAAGAAUCAAUUAUAGCUGGAUUAAAAGCUGAAAGACGUAAUUGGAGUGAAGAAUUGGCUAAGCAAGGAUCAGCUUUAGCUCAAGAUCGUGGACGAUUAGAAGCUAAAAUUGAAGCUCAAGAAUUAGAAAUAGCCAGUCUUAAAAAAUCUCUUGAAAAUGAAAAUGACUCCGUUAAAAUCAAGAGUAAAGUAAUUGAUGACCAAACAGAGACAAUAUUGAACUUAAAAAAGUGUAUUCAAGAGAAUCAAAUUGAAAUAAAACGAUUACAAAAUGAAGGUAUACAAAAUCGUCAUCAUUUAGAGAGUCAAUUAAAACAGAAAAUUCAAGUAAAUACAGAAUUGGAUGAUGAAAUAAAACGUCUUAAUAAACGUAAAGAAGAUUUGAAAGUGUUGGUCGGUGAUUUACAAUCAAAAAUAGAUGAAUUACAAGAGCAAAAUGAAUCUAUGUCACAGCGUUGGCGCGACCGUGCAAGUUUAAUCGAUAAAUUAGAAAAACAAGUAGAACAAAUGCGUCAUAACUGGGAUGAAGAACAAAAAGUUCUUAUUGAUGAACGAGAUACAGCACGAAAAGAAAUCAAGUGAGUUUACUUUACAUAUUUUGACUGGAUUCUAGUUGGAAUCAUGUAUUUUAUCAUGUAAAAUACACUGCAUCCCCAAAGCGAACCUACAUGUACAUACAGAACUGAUUGAGACCAGAAAGUAUACGGGAAUCGGCUAUGAAAUUCGUCACUAUGACCCUCUUGCCAGUGUUAAGAACAUCGUCACAGAAGAGCACCAGGAAAGUAUUUUGGCAUGAAAUUUAAUCUAGAUUCUUUUCUUUUUCAUCUUCGUUUUUUCGCCAGCAAAAUAUACACCGGACGCUUACUUAUUUGAUAAAUAUGUUAGUUUGCCUAUUAUUUUAAACAAUCUAUUCGCAUCAAUGUACACAUGUCAUUUUACUCAUGUUUUUUUACAAGCACAUUACAUGCACAAAUGCAAGCUAUGGACGAGAGAUUUCGUCAACAACUAUCAUCUACUGAAGAAAUGAACGAUUUGGCAAUCAAUCGUGUGAAGAACGAAGCAGAACAAUUACGUAUAGCUUGUGAAACACGUGUAGCUGAAGUGGAAUCAGAAAUGCGUGCAAUUCUUCUAGAAGCAGAAAAUUCAAGAAAAGCUACACAAGAAAGACUUAGAUGUAUAUCAGCAGCGUUAUGUGCUCCAAUCUCACCACAACAAAAUUCAUUGCAUUAACACUUAACUAGUGAUUGUUCAAAUACUGAUGGAAAAAACAUUGCAAACAGAUUCACAAAACAUUAUAUGAAUCUCUGGCUUGAAAAAACGCUGGACUAACUGGAAUCAGUUUGUUGAAACAGUACUUAAAAAUCCCUUUUUGGAUUGAUUCAUCUCUAUGAUCUGGUUGUGCGAUUUGUUUUCUGCUAUUUUUUAACAACACUAUUUGUCUCAUAUGUAAAUAACUGGAGGAUAACUAAAAGUGUAUAUAAAUAUCCAGUUGAUUAAUUAUAGACUUUGAUGGGUCGGAGA